GAAAAAAAAAAAAAAAGAACGUGGUUUCCGACUUUCCGUUGGUGCGAUCGAGCAGCAGUUGGCAGUUGAGGAAGUGAGGGAGGAAAACACAGAAAAAGAUUCAUUAAACCGUUCCAAAUGCAAAAGCAGAUAGCGAUUUGGAGUGAUAGAAAGUUGAACAAACCCUAAUUGAUUAAUCGAAGUGAGAAUUUGCGUGAGUUGAGAAAUCCAUUGAAUGGAUGCGAAGGAUAUACUGGGAUUGCCCAAGAACUCAUUCCCAGCUUUGGAGAAGAAAUCUCGUCCUCACAAAGAAUCUCACAGAAAACCCGAUGGAAUUUCCCGCGAGGUUUAUGCUCUCACUGGUGGAGUGCCACCUCUUAUGCCUUCACUUGAUUCUUCUCAAUUGAAGAAAAAACCUCCCUCUCACGAAAAGAUCACUUGGCAAUGGCUUCCUUUCACGAACUCAGCCCGUAAAGACAAUCUUCAACUUUAUCAUUGGGUUCGAGUGGUCAACGGUGUUCCACCUACAGGGGACUAUUCUUUUGCCAAGUAUAACAAGUCUGUUGAUGUUGUUAAAUACACGGACGAAGAGUAUGACAAGUAUUUGACAGAUCCUAUGUGGACCAAGGAGGAGACAAAUCAACUGUUUGAGUUGUGUGAGAGGUUUGAUCUGCGAUUUAUUAUAAUAGCUGAUAGGUUCCCAUCUUCUCGUACUGUAGAGGAAUUAAAGGAUCGAUAUUAUAGCGUAUCCCGGGCUAUAUUGAUUGCUAGAGCUUCAUCUACUGGGGAUGUUGCAACACAUCCACUUGUUAAGGAACCAUAUAAUGUUUCACAAGAGAUCGAACGAAAACGAGCACUAUCCAUGGUCCUCUCUCAAACAAGGCAACAAGAGCGAAGAGAUGAGGAGGUUCUUGUUGAAGCAAAACGGAUAGCUGAGUUACGUAUGCCUGCUAAGGCUGUCGAAGAAUCCCAGUUGGCUCCUUCAAAUGCUGGUGCAGAAGUUACAGGGAGGGCUGUCCCUGGUGAAACUGCGACUCCAUCAAAUGCACAACUUCCAUCAAUCACGUUUCCUGAUAAUGCAUCUACUCUAGCUUCUCUUCGCAUACUUCGUGUAUAUUUGAGGACGUAUGCACUUGACCAAAUGGUGCAAGCUACAAGCUCAUCUGCUGGGCCGCGGACUGUCAAACGGAUUGAACAAACUUUGCUAGAUCUUGGGGUCAAUUUGAAACCAAGGGUUCCAACUAAAGCUGUAUGUGCUGAGCAUCUUGAACUAAGAAAAGAAAUGUUAACUUUGCUGAAUCUUCAGAAACAGGUGCAAUACAAAGAGGCUGAAGGUUCGCCUUUUCGUGAUGGGUCAUACAAUGAAGCACCAGGCACACCAAAGGACUGGACGUUUAUUCCAGACACAAUGAAUUUCGGAGGUGAAAGGGUUAGCAAAAAGGACCAAAAGCGCAAGGGACAUGGACAUCCAUCGUCAUCAGCUCAUAAAAGACCUAGAAAAAAGGCCUCGGAGUUUUAGUUUCACUUGUAACUAGUGGCAACAGGGAAAAGGUUGAUUCAGUAUGCAGAACUCCUUUAAUUAUGAACCUUGCAGAAAGCUGCAUUGAACUCUAAGCGCCUGCAAAUUCUGAUCGCUAGAGUUUUAUUCCAUUUGGAAUUCAGUGCAAAGUGGAACAUUGAAAUCCCUCUGAUGAGUGGAAUGUCACAUCUACACCAUGUUUGGCCUUACGAAGAAGCUGAAUUAAAAAAAAAAAAAAUUGUAAAGCUUUGUUAAGGUAACCUGGUGUUUGAGGGAAGGAGUUCCUUAUAAGAAUGCGCUGUGAGUAAAUAAGUUUAGAUAUGGGCAUUCUAGUUCUAGAUGUCUUGGUUUAUCUUGGUAUAAGCCCAUAUUAGGAAUUUGGGAUGUGGAUAUUGGUAUGUUUUGGGAAAAAAAUUUUAUAUAAAUAAAUUAAAUAUUUUAUUUA